CAACAGGUGUCAACAGAGACCGCCGAUGUACGCCAGGGGACAGGUACCUCCAAGGAUGUGUGGGGUGAACGAGACUGUGCUGUAGCGAGAGAGAGAGAGAGAGAGAGAGAGAGAGAGAGAAAGUGAGAAGGGAGUGUGAGACAAGAGCUCCAGAGAAACGAGAAGAGGAAGAGGAUGAGUGUGUGAAGCUGAGCAGCAAUCAGGGAGAGGGACUGAUGAAGGGGUAGCCAUUCCUGUUCUCCACGCGACCCAUGUCCUCGUAGACUGGGGGAAACCACCGAGAGCUGCCCCCCCCCCGCUGCCGUCCCCCCCGACUGCAUCCCUCAACAUCCGCACGCUAAUAGCUGCUUAAGCCCACCCUCCCAGGCUUACCACUCCGCCGCAGAAAGUGGUCUAGCUCCUGCACUGCCAGGGAUGGAACAGGCAGGAUCCGACUCGAUGUGAUGCCGGAUGUGAACUGGGAGCGAGGCCACAUUACCGAUCACCAUCCAGGGGCCCCGACGGGCUCUGGUCCGGAUGGCAGCAAGGGCUCGGCUGGGUCCCACGGGCUGAACACGUUUAAUCGGACCGAUGUUGUUGUUAUUCCGCGCUCUGGAUUUAGACGAAGAGGAAAACCCGUUCUGGCAGGCCCCCUGGGGCCCCAUGAUUACCGGCGCCUGUCUGUGCACCGCCUCCUGAGGGCCACACAACGACCCCAGGUUACCCCUGCACCAUACUGCCAUGCUCAGGCCACCCAAGAGCAAAAAUGUGUCCUGGGGUUCGGCGGACUCCUACACCAGCCGUCCAUCAGACUCUGAUGUUUCUUUGGAGGAGGAUAAGGAGGCAUUACGCAGAGAGGCAGAGAGGCAGGCCCAGGCACAGCUGGAGAAAGCCAAGACUAAACCAGUCGCAUUUGCCGUCCGCACUAAUGUCAGCUACAUCGCCGCCCAGGACGAUGACGUCCCCGUGCCCGGCAUGGCUAUCUCCUUUGAGGCUAAAGACUUCCUUCACGUCAAAGAGAAAUAUAACAAUGACUGGUGGAUAGGACGGCUGGUGAAGGAGGGCUGCGAGCUGGGCUUCAUCCCCAGCCCCGUGAAGCUGGAGAACACGCGCAUGCAGCACGAGCAGCGAGCUAAACAGGCCAAGCUCCACUUCAGUAAAUCUGGAGCAAUCUCUUCAUCCAGUUUGGGUGACAUCGCUCCCAAUUCGAGGAAAUCCACCCCACCCUCGUCUGCCAUUGACAUAGACGCCGCAGGCUUAGAGGCAGAGGACAGUGACCUCCCGGCCCAGCAGCGGUCCCCCAAAGCCAGCCCAAACAGUGUCAUGUCACCCCUAGCAAAAGAGAAACGAAUGCCCUUCUUUAAGAAGACGGAGCACGUGCCCCCAUAUGACGUCGUGCCUUCCAUGCGACCUGUGGUCCUCGUUGGCCCCUCGUUGAAGGGGUAUGAGGUGACGGACAUGAUGCAGAAGGCGUUAUUUGACUUCCUGAAGCACCGAUUCGAGGGAAGGAUAUCCAUCACGCGAGUCACAGCAGACAUCUCGCUGGCCAAGCGUUCUGUGCUGAACAAUCCCAGCAAGCAUGCCAUCAUCGAGCGCUCCAACACCCGCUCCAAUCUAGCCGAGGUGCAGAGCGAGAUCGAGCGCAUCUUUGAGCUGGCGAGGACCCUGCAGCUGGUGGUGCUGGAUGCGGACACCAUCAACCACCCUGCCCAGCUGGGGAAGACCUCACUAGCACCCAUCACCGUCUAUGUCAAAAUCUCAUCCCCCAAGGUCCUGCAGAGGCUCAUCAAGUCUAGGGGGAAAUCCCAGGCCAAACACCUGAACGUGCAGAUGGUGGCAGCGGAUAAGCUGGCGCAGUGUCCGCCCGAGAUGUUUGACAUCAUCCUGGAUGAGAAUCAGCUGGAGGACGCAUGUGAGCAUAUGGCUGACUACCUUGAGGCCUACUGGAAAUCCACCCACCCGUCCAGCUGCAGCCCCGCCAACUCACUGGAGGCCAAGCUGGAUGCCAAUACUGUGCCCUCAAGCCCUGCACCUGUCGCCAGCCUGCAGGGCUCCGGGGGCGUGCAGAAGGCUGACAAAGCUGUAGGGGACAGAAAGCCCUUACGGGAGGAGCACACGUGCCACACAGAGGCCGAGGCUGGUGGAGACAGGCCCCAGGCACCGGAGGUUUCCCGGCGGGCGCAGCACACGCACCACCGUUCCUCCUCCACACGGACAGAGCACCACAACCACCAUCACCAUCACCAUCGGAGCAGCAGCAGCAAGUCGGGCCGGCGCCUGUCCCGGCAAGAGACGCUGGACCUGGAGACCCCGGAGAGCCGGGACUCGGCCUAUAUAGAGCCCCAUGAGGAGUUUCCCGAGGAGGCGGAGGCAGCAGUGGGGCCGGGUGCAGGCACGGCAUCGCGGCCCGAAGCAGCGGGUCACCGCGAGCACAAUCACCAUCAUCAUCAUCACCAUCACCACCAUCAUCACCAUCACCGCAGCGACAGCCGUGACCACGAGCAGGACCACAACGAACGAAACAGGCAGCGAGGGCACCACUCUCGGGGGACCCGGGAGCAUCACCACCAUCAAUACUACCGGAACCGCGACCGCGAUGGGGAGGCGCAGGCCCGGAAACGGGGGGAAACUGGCGAAUGGACCAGAGACGCUUAUGCCCAAUAGUGCCUGUCUUCACAUCCGCCUCUCCUAGGACCCGGCGGGACCCUCCUCGAACCCUGAUGCAGGCUCCAUAGCAACAGUUGCUAUGGCAACAGUUUCUGUGGUAACGCCCGUAUCCACUUCAAUAGCAGCAUCAUUUUUUUUUUUUUUUUUUUUUAAGGAGGGCGAAAAAAAGUCUGUACACUUCCGUGGGUGUGUGCCCACACGAGAAAACUCAAAGGUAUCCACGUUUCGAGCACAUAUCCACACACGCGUGUGUGUGUGACUGCCGUUCCGUGUGCUGCGUUCCACUUGUGAGCGACAUGUGUGUGUCGAGUUGCGGUAAAAUGUGAAAUCUAAACCGUGAGGGAUAAGUUUCUGAUAUAAUGUUGAGAUAUGCAGCACAUACAGCAAAAUAUGUUAUGUUUAUCACCACUUUCAUAUAUGCAAUUCUGUGCAUUCGUUUUGGAAUGUUUUUACAUGUAAUCUUUGGGGUGGGUACUAGUGUAGAGGCAUAAAAUGGCAUAUUGGGGGGCUGGGGCAACACUUUUAGGAAAAUAAUAUCCGCAAUAUAUUUUGAUGUGUGUUAAGGAGAUAAUCUUUAUAUUUUUAGACUUCAUUUUUAAUCGUAGAAGCCGUUUCUGUAAAGGGUACGCUGGUGUAUUUUCUGUUCCUCUUUUUGUUUAAUUUUUAUUUUUCUGUUGUGAGUGCCUCCCCCCCCCCGUUGCAAAUAGACUACUGUUUCAUGAAGCGGGGGGGAGGGGGGGGG